AUGCCCAACGCAGCCUUUCUACUCCACUUUUCUCGUGACUUUGUCUAUCGAGCAGCUCUAGCCUGCCAUCUGUGUCCGCUGCUAUCAGCCGAGAACGAGAAAGAGAAACAGCUCCGGCGCAGCUCAUACUCCUCGGCCACUCCUUCGGACGACUUCUCGCUCUGGAGUGAUACGGGGGAUAUCGCAGAGCAGCUUGCCAACGAGGAGGAUCCCCUCCGCAUUGAGCUUGAUCCGCUGAACAGUGAAGGUCAGAGUCUCACCGGCCACCGCGGUGGAGGUCGGAAGAAGAGGGUCGCUUUCCAACGUCAAGAGCAUUCACGCUCGGGUGCUCCUGGUGACUUAGAUAAGGAGGCUAUCCUCAUCCCCGAACCUCCACCGAGGUACGUCUCAAGGGCAGAGAAGAUCCUUGCCAUCAUCAUGUCGCCCGGAGAUCCUUCCACCGCCCGCUCGCGGGGUCUGGUAGGGAAGCCCUUACUAUACUUCACUAGCGUUUUCGUCUCAUUAGGCGUGUUCUUGUUCGGCUAUGACCAGGGUGUCAUGUCCGGCAUCAUUACCGGUCCAUAUUUCAGAGACUACUUCAACCAGCCCUCACGCGCAGAAAUCGGUACCAUGGUCGCUAUCCUGGAAGUUGGUGCUCUCAUUGCCUCGUUAAGUGUUGGCCGGAUUGGCGACGUGAUUGGCCGGAGGAAGACUAUCCUUUACGGUGCCAUGAUAUUCUUCGUUGGCGGAAUGUUACAGACUCUUGCCAACGGUAUGCCGAUGAUGAUGUUGGGCAGAAUCAUUGCCGGACUGGGCGUGGGUGCGCUUUCCACCAUCGUUCCCGUCUAUCAAUCCGAGAUCAGUCCCCCUCACAAUCGGGGCAAGCUGGCUUGCAUCGAGUUCACCGGAAACAUUACCGGAUAUGCGGCCAGUGUGUGGGUCGACUAUUUCUGUAGCUUCAUCCAGAGCGACUAUGCGUGGAGAGUACCGUUGCUCAUGCAGUGCGUGAUGGGUGCACUUCUCGGGUUCGGCAGUCUCAUCAUCUGCGAAUCGCCCCGAUGGCUGCUGGACAAUGACCACGACGAGGAAGGCAUCAUCGUCAUCGCUAAUCUCUACGGCAAGGGUGAUAUCCACAACGACAAGGCACGCCAGGAAUAUCGCGAGAUCAAGAUGAACGUCCUGAUACAGCGACAAGAGGGCGAGCGAAGUUAUUCCGACAUGUUUAAGCGCUACUAUCGCCGAGUGUUCAUCGCCAUGUCUGCACAAGCAUUUGCGCAGUUGAACGGCAUUAAUGUCAUCUCGUAUUACGCACCUCUUGUGUUUGAGUCCGCUGGCUGGAUCGGACGAGACGCCAUCCUUAUGACUGGCAUCAACGCUUUUACCUACCUUGCCUCGACUAUCCCGCCGUGGUAUGUGGUCGACAAAUGGGGCCGGCGUCCGAUCCUACUCAACGGAGCUGUUGCCAUGAUCCUUUCCUUGUCAGCAAUAUCUUUCUUCCUGUACCUCGACAUCCCCUCGACGCCCACGCUGGUUGUUAUCUUCGUUAUGAUAUAUAAUGCUGCGUUCGGCGCUAGCUGGGGUCCUAUUCCAUGGCUUUACCCCCCAGAAAUCCUUCCUCUCAGCAUCCGUGCGAAGGGUGCCAGUCUCAGUACGGCCAGUAAUUGGGCAUUCAACUUCUUGGUUGGUGAAGUGACACCAGUGCUGCAAGAGGCCAUCAAAUGGCGGUUGUAUCUAAUGCAUGCAUUUUUCUGUGCCGUCAGUUUUGUUCUGGUUUAUUUCCUGUACCCCGAAACAGCAAACGUCCGUCUGGAGGACAUGAACGCAUUGUUUGGAGAUGCCACAACUGCUAUGCCAACGCCGGCAUCGCAGGCGGCAGAACAAGACUCACUUAUGGGCAUUGGGUCGCCAUCAUCCAUCGAUAUUAGAGGUGGUGGCGUACCGGGUCAGUUUUCAGCACAAGAUGCCAUCCCGGGUCUGGACAUCGAUCCACCACAUAUGGAGAUUGGUCCGGAUGGGAAGCCGAUUGAGACAAGUCGAGGCCGCCGGCCCGAUGGUGAAGGCCUGGGUGGCUGGAUUGGUCGCAUGGUGUCACGAAACAGGGGAGAACGAAGCGCAAGUGUUAGCCAAGGCGGCCGGUAUGCGAAGGUUGGUCAAGACGAAGAGGACUAG